GAUCCAUUUGAUACAUCACUCAUGCUUUGUGAAUCAAAAGCAGACAACAUUUUAGUACUAAGACAAUCUCUUUGUUUCUUUGGUGGUUACAGGCUUCACAUUAAAUUUCUCAAUUUAUUGUACACUCAAAAAACAGAAAAAAAUUGGCAAUCAUGAUCUCAAAUGGAGCUUUGCCAUAUCGUCUGGUUAUAGUGGUGACAAUCGCAUGUCUUGUGAUCUUGUUCUGGUUCUCAUUUCUCAACAACUGCACACCAGCUCAACAUCCUCAGCACUCAGAAAAACUCCACAAACCUGUGGAUGCCUCUGCGAAACCUGAUAUAGUAAAGGAAGAGAAACCGAUACUGUUGUUAUGGUUCUGGCCUGAAAACUUCAGUUUUAACCUGAGCGAUUGUCAGACAAUUUUCAAUAUUGACAGUUGUUUUUUGACGGACAACAGAUCUCUCUACAGCAACGCAGAUGCUGUCCUCAUCUAUCACAAAUCUAUUAAAGGGGACCUGUCCAACCUUCCACCAUCUCCUCGUCCCCCGUUCCAGAAGUGGAUAUGGUUUAAUCUCGAAUCACCAUAUCACACCGCAAGAAAACCAGGCAUUGAAAACUUGUUCAACCACACACUUAGCUACAGACAGGACGCUGAUAUUUUUACAAGGUUGCACUUAACUGUCAGAAAAACUCCAGAUGAAAAUUUUAAAAUUCCCAAGAAGGAAAAACUGGUCUGUUGGAUUGUAAGUAACGAAGGCGCCGGAACGAGGAACGCUUAUUACAAUGAACUUAAGAAGCAUGUCUACGUACAUGUCUACGGGAAGUUUAAUGGAAAACGUCUGGACCCCAAGGCCUACUAUUCCACCAUAGCCAGCUGCAAAUUUUAUCUCUCUUUUGAAAACUCCAUUUACAAGGACUACAUCACUGAAAAGAUAAAUGGACCCCUAUCAGUAGGUACUGUACCUGUGGUGCUGGGACCUCCCAGACAAAACUAUGAAAACUUUAUACCCGGUGAUGCUUUCAUUCAUGUGAACGACUUCCCAGAUGCAAAGUCACUAGCAGAAUAUCUCAUGCGUCUGGACCUGGACGAAGUCGCAUAUCGCAGGUACUUUAACUGGAGGAGACAUUUCUCAGCACAACCUCAUUUACUACAGCAACAAGAGUUUGAUCUGCCCAUCUGCACGGCCUGUGAAUAUAUAGCAACACACAAAUACUAUAAAGAAGUUCACGAUCUCUAUAAAUGGUAUGACCAUUAAUUCAAUCAUUUUAUAUUGUGGACUUUUGUGGUGAAGGAUUUUGUUUGAUUGCACAGAAAAAGUAACAUAAUAGCACAUGCAGAGCUUGUUUUGUAAGAUAUUAUCAAAACGUGAAACUCUAUGUCAUUUUUAUCCAGCCGUGCAAUCACGGAACAUCCUUCCUCUACUAGGCUACUGAACAACAACAUAAAAGUUAAUAUAGCUUGUUGCUUACUAUAAAUAACACCCUGUGCUACCACAAUAUACAUACGUGUUGAUUAAACAAAUUAUCUUUUCUGCUUUGUUUUUACUUGUAUUUUAAGUUAGGCAUCAGUGGUGACUUUUUUCGAGGGCGCAUGAUGUGAAGUUCGUCACAACAUGUAAUCUCAUGCGUAAUCAGAGUUUACUGUUAAAAGUGCAUUGUGUAAAUUUUAGUAGCAUCUAGUAGUGAGGUUGCAAAUUGCAACCAAUGGCUCAGUCCACUGCUCACCCCUCACUUUU